AUGGAGCCUUCUCUGGAUAAGGCGAUGCUUGGUAUGACUCUGGAAGAGGAUGAAGAGCCUUAUACCAUUCCUGACCGUCCAGAUUUCUAUUCUACGGAGAGAAAUAUUUUGAGUUUGGUGGGACGUCUUCUCAACCCUCAUUGUCAAGGUAUGAAGGAUCUGAUCCUAGACAUGCCAAGGAAGUGGCAACUAUAUGACAGGGUUAGAGGAGUAGCCCUUUCUAAAGACAGGUUUCAGUUUAUCUUCAAGUAUGAACAUGACUUGAUAGAUAUUUUGAACAGAGGAGUUCACACUUCUAACAAGUGGUCGCUAGCGAUGGAAAGAUGGGUCGAGAGACCUCCGCCUGAUUUCUUGCAGUUCAUUGAGGUCUGGGUCCAAAUGAGGAACAUACCGGUUAACCACUAUACGAAGGCGGCGCUUACUGACCUUGCAGAGUUUGCUGGUCAAGUCAUCGAAGUUGCUUUCGAUCCAAACAAACCGCAGACCAAUGAUUAUAUAAGAGCUAAAGUCAAGUUUGAUGUCUCCAAGCCUCUCAGACGGUUUAAAACUGUUAAUGCUCCUGGUGGGGAGGUUGUGAAAAUCUUGUAUGAUUAUGAGAGACUUCAAAAGAGAUGCUACACUUGCCAAAGAUUGACGCAUGAACAGAGUUCCUGCCAUUUCUUCCAAGCUGCCAAGGCUGCUGCUUUGCUCAAAGAAAAAGGUUCAGUUUGUCUUCAGAAGCCUUUGAUUGAGAAAACUAUUAGAGAGGAUGAUCCUCUGUUUGGAGUGGUUCUGGAAUCUCAAGUUGGUAUUAAUCCUCAGAAUGGAAAGCCAAAAAUUGCGGAGGAAGUGUUAGAAGGAAUGAGACAGUACUUGGUGGAUGCUGAAGGAGCUGAGAAAAUGGCAAGAAAAGAAAGAAUCAAGUGGUCCCUAAAAGAAGUGGAGCAGGAUCCGAUCGCUCAGAAAAGCUUUCUCAGGCUUGAACCGGCUCCUAUCUUCACCUCUGACCUUGACAAGGGCAAAGGCAUUGUUUUUGAUUUCCAGAGCCAAAAAGAACUCCCAAAAGAUGUGAUUUCUCAUGGAGGAAGUAAGCUUAUGGCCUCUGCCAUUAGAGCUGGUAAUGCGAUGUCUUUGGAACCUAGAAACAUGGGUAUGAUGUCUGAUACUGCUGCCUUUUCUGAUUCUGCUACUGGUAGUUGGAAUCCUAGAGGUCCUACGGGUUAUAACAUUGGCAUCUCUGAUGCUUGUUCUUCCGGGACCAAAGGGAGGAAAACUUACCAAAGGAGGAGACCGGGUUCUUUUGUCAGAAAGGCUAGGGGAAAAUAUUUUAAGGCUGAAGCUUCUAGAGAAGGGAAGAUGAAAGAUAAAGCUCCAGCCGUUGCAGAGAAAAGGAAAAGUUCGAAUGAUGUGGAGACAUCUCAAUACUCACCAAGGUCUAAGAAACCAGCGGUGGUCCCAAAUGAGGGACCGCCCAAUCUCUAA